AUGAAAACAAUAUUCUUCGACGAAACGUACAUAAGCGACUUAAAAAAUAUGCAGCCAAACUUCGAGUUUAAAGAAGAAUAUGACAAGCCGAUAAAGUUGAACUCUUGCUCCACCUUUUAUGAUGCCAUCCCUUCAUCGAAUGAAGAAAUAUUGUAUUUUAAUAAAACCUUAACGGAAGAACAAAUCUCCCUUUUAAAUGAGGAAGAGGUCUAUUCCAUGCGAAAUGAAAAAUGUCUUGAAAAUUUUCCAAAUUUGAAAAAUGGUAAAAAAUUUCCUGAACAAGUCAUAAAAAAAAUAUCAUCAGAAGGGGACGGGAAAGGUCAAAAAGGAAAAGCGGAAGAAGAAGGAGCACAAAAAGGAACAGCAAAAAAAAGUGAAAAUAUAUGUACUAUCUUAUGUACUGAUGUACGUGAUGCUGUAUGUACUGGCAUAGGCGGAAAAAGGGAACGCGAAGAACACGAAGACAAAAGAGAAAUAGACCUAAACAAAGUAAUGGAUGAUAUAUUUUUCUUGUGCUUUCAUAAAAAUGGGUGUGAGUACAUAAUUAGAAAGCUUAAAGAAAAUGAUACAGAAGAAAAACAAAUAAUAUUAAACUCUCUUUUAAUAGACGCAAGAUCUUUAUGUCCAGACGUGUAUGGCAGUUAUGUAGCUCAAAGUAUAUAUGACUUAAAUGACGAAAAAUAUAAAGAACGUUUUACGGAUGAAUUUUUGAAACAUACAAGUUUUCUAGCCUUACAUACAUAUGGAUGUAGACUUAUCCAGAAAUCAUUAGAGUCCUUAUCUGAUGAAUAUAAAUGCAAAAUUUUUAAAGAAUUACAAGAUGAUCUAAUCGCAUAUAUAUGUCAUCAAAAUGGUAAUCAUGUUAUACAGAAAUGUAUUGAAGUUUUACCAUCAAAAAAUAUUGAUAUGAUCAUAAAUAUUAUAGAAGAAUAUUUACCUUUUUUAAGUUCACAUGCUUAUGGAUGUAGAAUAGUGCAAAGAAUAUAUGAAAUUGGAAAUAUACAACAAAUAAAGAGAUUAAAUGAAAAAAUUAUUAAGAAAAUUCAUCUUAUAAAAAACAGAUAUGGAAAUUAUGUUAUUCAAAAAUGUUUCGAGUACUCAGAUGAUACAGCUAGGUUUAUUAUCACUGAUGAAAUAGUGAAUGAUAUUUACAAGCUCUCUUCCCAUAAGUACGCCUGCAAUAUAAUUGAAAAGAUUUUACUCAAAAAAGAGUAUAGAUACAAAAAGAAGAUUAUUAAGAAAAUCGUAAAUGAUAUUUCGGAGGGGAAUGAAAACAUUAUAAACAUUUGUAAAGACUGCUAUGGUAAUUUUAUGAUGCAGAAGUUGCUGACAACGUGCAGGAGAAAGGAAAGAAAUUUAAUUGUAAAAACGAUCAUCGAAAACUUGGAUAAACUAAAGGACGAGACAUACGGCAAAUACAUUUUGAGAGCUAUCAACAAUUUAGAAACUUGA